ACAUAACCAAAAUAUAAAUAAAUAAAUAAAACCAAAUUUUUGUUCCAUGUACAAAAUUAUCACUUAUAAUAAAAAUAAAAAUAAAUAAAAAAUAACAAAACGAAGCAAAAUAGCUUUCCUGCUCAUCUUCUACCUCUUCUUCUUCUCUCUGGCUGCGUGCCUUGUAGUUGCUUCUCUCACAAACAGCUCGAGUUCCACCACCACCACCACCACUUCUUCUGACGGAGAUUGUCACUCACGCGCCGCCGUUGCGGUUUCUGGUAUGGCUACCAUGGAGAGCUUGAUCGGACUCGUCAAUCGGAUUCAGAGAGCUUGUACUGUACUCGGUGACUAUGGCGGUGACUCUGCUUUGCCUACUCUUUGGGAAUCUCUUCCCUCUGUCGUUGUCGUUGGUGGCCAGAGUUCUGGAAAAUCUUCCGUGUUGGAGAGCAUUGUCGGCCGCGAUUUUCUUCCCAGGGGAUCAGGGAUUGUCACUAGGAGACCAUUAGUCUUGCAGCUGCACAAGACAGAACAGGGACUGCAGGAGUAUGCAGAGUUCCUUCACUUGCCAAAGAAACGAUUCUCUGAUUUCUCGUUGGUGAGGAAGGAAAUUCAGGAUGAGACUGACAGAUUGACCGGGAAAUCAAAGCAGAUUUCUCCUGUUCCUAUUCAUCUUAGUAUCUACUCUCCAAAUGUUGUCAAUUUAACAUUGAUAGAUUUGCCUGGUUUAACCAAGGUUGCUGUAGAAGGACAGGCGGAAAGUAUUGUUCAAGACAUUGAAAACAUGGUUCGUUCCUAUGUUGAGAAGCCAAACUGCAUUAUUCUGGCCAUAACUCCAGCCAAUCAAGACAUAGCAACAUCUGAUGCUAUCAAGAUUUCUAGAGAAGUUGAUCCUACAGGUGAGAGGACUUUUGGUGUAUUGACAAAACUUGACUUGAUGGAUAAGGGAACAAAUGCUUUAGAGGUUCUUGAAGGGAGAUCUUAUCGGCUUCAACACCCUUGGGUUGGAAUUGUUAAUCGUUCACAAGCUGAUAUCAAUAAAAACAUGGACAUGAUUGCUGCUCGGCAGAGGGAGCGUGAAUUCUUUGUAACUAAUCCUGAUUAUGGGCACUUGGCUAGCAAAAUGGGAUCAGAAUAUCUUGCAAAACUUCUUUCUAAGCAUUUAGAGUCUGUAAUUAAAGCUCGAAUCCCAGGAAUUGCAUCCUUGAUUAACAAGAACAUUAAUGAACUUGAAGCAGAGCUGAACUACCUUGGUAGACCUGUUGCUAUUGAUUCUGGGGCACAGUUAUACACCAUCUUAGAGUUAUGCCGUGCAUUUGACCGGAUUUUCAAGGAGCAUUUAGAUGGAGGACGACCAGGUGGUGCUCGGAUUUACGGUGUAUUUGACCACCAGCUCCCUGCUGCUUUAAGGAAACUCCCUUUUGAUCGUCAUCUUUCAUUUCAAAAUGUGAAGAACGUGGUUUCUGAGGCAGAUGGGUACCAACCUCACCUCAUUGCACCUGAGCAAGGUUACCGUCGCCUCAUUGAUACUGCACUUAAUUAUUUCAGAGGCCCAGCUGAAGCUUCAGUGGAUGCUGUUCACUCCAUCUUGAAGGAACUUGUAAGAAGGUCAAUCAUGGAAACUCAGGAGUUGAAGCGAUUUCCAAUUCUUCAAGCUGAAUUAGCAGCAGCAGCAAAUGAAGCACUAGAGAGGUUUCGUGAAGAAAGCAAGAAGACUACUUUACGAAUGGUAGACAUGGAAUCCUCAUAUCUAACUGUGGAUUUCUUCCGGAAACUCCCUCAGGAAGUGGACAAGGGAGGGAACCCAGCUGUCCCUUCAGCAGACCGUUAUUCAGAGGGGCAUUUCCGGAGGAUAGGGUUGAAUGUUUUCUCCUAUGUUGGGAUGGUUUCCGAGACACUGAGGAAUACAAUUCCAAAGGCUGUUGUUCACUGUCAAGUGAGGGAGGCUAAAAGGUCUUUACUAGAUAACUUCUACACACAACUGGGCAAAAAGGAGGGUAAGCAACUUUCACAACUGCUUGAUGAAGAUCCUAUGUUGAUGGAAAGAAGGCAGCAAUGUGCUAAAAGGCUUGAACUUUACAAGUCAGCAAGGGAUGAGAUUGACUCAGUCUCAUGGUCUGGAUAGAAUUACCAACUUUUGUAUUGUAACUGUAGUUAUAAUCCAAGGAAAAUAGCAAUGGUCGGUGGACUAUCAUAUUGUUUUUGUUUGUAUAUGUUUGUUUUUGAGAUUGACUUCUAAGAUACUUUUUGUUUUUGAAAUUAUUUGCGAUAUAUAGUUAUGAUUUGGAUCAA